CUUCGCGCGACGGCCGUCGCUGCAGCUCUUCGCGCGACAGCCAUCGCUCCAACGCUCGCACGACGGCAGUCGCUUCAACGCUCGCGCGACGGUCCGCUUGCGCGACUGCGUUCUCGCGCUGUUUCCAGCGGCCCGUCGACCGGCGCCGCAGCAGAGCGGCCCCUAUUGGUGCUCAGCAUGCCGGUCAAGCUGCGCCGCGAUGCGCUCCGCCUCUCGAUGCGCCUCGCUCGGUACCUGGCCUACGCACGCCCAACGCCGCCGCUUCGGCUGCCGCUCGGCUCGCCGACUAUGGAUGCGCUGCGACCAGCAAGACUCCAUCUCGCCGACAGGCUUUGCAACUGCGGGGCGCCUGCAAGUGGGCGCUGCGAAUCGCGCACCGCUGACUUGAAGGGCAGCCGUGCCGCGACCAGCAGGCGCGGCAUCGUGCUGCACGGGCGUUCGCACGACGUGUGCACCGAAGCGCUCGCAGUCGUCGGCAUGCGCGUCCUUUGCUGCAAGGCCGUGCCAGCUACGAGGACGAUCGAGGGGCCUAUCAUUUCACGCGCUCGUGUGCAUGGUGUGGAGCACGUAUCCUCGAAGGCCCUCGCUCACUGCCCAUCGAGGUUAGCCUCCGUUGCGGCGACAGCUGCGACAGCCUCACCGGCGGAGCAGCAGCCGCAGCGACGUGGCCAUGGCAGACGUCAACACGUCGCCCAGCAACGGCAAACAGCAGUGCGUGUGCACGCCAAGCGUCCUCGCCUGGCCGGCUUGGUGAGGGCGAGGCGUGCGCUGCGAGGCGCUGCUGAGCUACGGCGCCGUAUCAAAGAUGCCGGAGCGAGGGUGCGACGCUGUGCGCCCCCGCUGCGGCCUUCUCUGCCUGUGCUGCUGCGGCCUGCUCAGCUGCUACGGCUGCGGCACAGAGCUUUCUGACUGCGACGCUCGCUGCGAGAGCUUGGCUGGCAGCUGUCUGCCCAGUCAGACGACGCGCAGCACGCACUACGCUGCGCAGACGGCUCGCCCGUGGCUGCCGCAGCGCGGCGCGACGUGCCGCCGCUGUGCGCCGCCGCUGAGUGCUGUCGCUGCGCUGCUGCUGCGUCCGCUGCGAGGCUGGUGCUCGUGGUGCGGACGCAUAGGUACGCUGGGAGGGUGAGCCACGGCCUCGACGCACGUGCCAUCCGAUCGCUCGGUGCCGCCGCGGAUGUCGUGCGACGCCUCCACAUCGCACGCCGGCCACAGCAGCCGCCACGCCGCGAUGCCGCCGCGGC